AGGCAGUGAGCCGGAACAGCGUGGCCUGCACUCACUGAUAGCCGGGGAGUAUGAGGCUUUGCUUCAUGAGCUGGCGCGCUAUGAUGUAGAAGUUGCGAGUACUGCGAUCCUUUUGCUAAUGCAGCAUUAUCUUGCCCCGAAGCAAAGUCGGAAUAAUUUCUGUUCUGCCUGUAGUUCCUAGACGUAACUACAACGCUGGUAUAAGUACGUACGAAGGAAUGUAAAUACAUAUGGUCUGUAAUUUAUGAUUGACUCACCCUUUGGGUGCAGGGAGGAAGUUGAAUCGUUCCGUUUCUGGUCUCCUUGUAUCACUGUGGUGUGAUUUAGCAUUGUUGCUAACCGAGUCUUCUCUGGAAUCCAACCGACUGGUGUUCCUCACCUUGGAAACUAUCUCGGCGCUAUAGAGAGCUGGGUGAGGCUGCAGGAUGAAUACAGCUCCAUUCUGUACAGUAUUGUGGACCUGCACUCCAUCACUGUUCCUCAAGACCCUGGCAAGCUCAGGCAAAACAUUCUCGACAUGACAGCCAGUCUCCUGGCAUGUGGUAUUAACCCUGAGCAAUCAGUCCUAUUUCAACAAUCCAAGGUCUCCGAACACACAGAAUUAGCUUGGAUUCUGAGUUGUCUGACAAGUCUGCCAAGAUUACGUCACUUACCUCAAUGGAAGAUGAAAAGCUCUGGUCAGAAGGAAGAGGGCAGUUUGGGACUGUUCACUUACCCAGUUCUGCAGUCCGCAGAUGUUCUAUUAUACAAGUCAACCCAUGUCCCUGUUGGAGAGGAUCAGGUACAACAUCUGGAGUUGGCACAGGAUGUAGCCCGAAUUUUCAACAACCAUUACGGCUGUUAUUUUCCUGUACCAAAAGCUAUUCUGAGUGAAACCAAAAAAAUUAAAUCGUUGAGAAACCCUAUUGCAAAGAUGUCAAAGUCAGACCCUCAGAGGUUAGCAACUGUGAGUAUCACAGAUUCACCCGAGGAUAUACAAUUGAAGUUUCGCAAAGCAGUAACAGACUUCACCUCUGAAGUGACGUAUGACCCAGAGACACGCCCAGGAGUAUCAAAUCUAGUAACAAUGCACGCAGCAGUGACUGGACUGUCAGUUGAGGAAGUAGUGCAUCAAAGCAAAGGAUUGGACACUGCACGUUAUAAAUAUGUGGUGGCUGAAGCCGUCAUUGAGAAAUUUGCACCGAUUAAGAAUGAAAUUGAAAGACUUAAAGCUGAGAAAGGCUUCUUGGAGCAUGUCUUAAACUGUGGAGCUGAAAAAGCAAAAGAAUUAGCGAACCCCAUCUACCAUGAAGUCCGGAAAUUGGUUGGUUUCAGUUAACCUUAUAUCGAUAAUGAACUGUAGUUACUGGGAUAUGUUAACAUUUUGAUAAAAUCUAUUUGACUGUUCCACAGGGCUUCAAUUCAAUCAUGACCUACGUAAAGGGUAGUCAGUACUAUUUAUAGUACAUGCAUAUUUAAGAUCUGUAUUAGUUACUAUUUACUAAGUCUAGAAGCAUCUGUUGAUCAUAACUGGUAUAAUUCUGAGAUCAUAAUUUAUUUGUACGUCUUAUAAAAUUACUGAAUACAACAAAGAAAAUCAUGGGUAGAGUGGAAAAUAAGGGGUUUGCCCAAAAGUGUAUUAAUUGGAAGUGAAAAUAAAAUUUUUAACAUGGCUUAUCAAAGCCAACCUAGAUUCAAGCCGGCUCCCAAAGAAAAUGAAAUGUCUCUAACUAUGAAAUAAUUAUAAAUGUGCUGCAUUAUGGGAAGUAGAGGCAGGAUUGGCCACUCAACCAUCAUGCCUACUCUACCAUUUGAUAAGAUCAUGGUUGAACAUCAAUCUCUGCUCCCCUACAUAUCCCUCUUCCGUAAGUUCCUUUAUCCUCAGAUUUGUUUAAUAUCCAAAAAUCUACUACUAUGGUUAAUCUAUUAUUCUUAGUCUUAAUAAUGGUUAACAGUUUAGUGUCCAUACCCAUGACUUUGAGAUGGAAAGUUCCAGUGAUAACUUUUUAAAAACUUUUUAUUGAGAUUCUGACCACAUAUUUGCAAGAGGAAACGGUUUCUCAACAUCUCCCCUCUCAAACCCUCCAAGAAUUGUAUAUGUUUCAAUGAGACUGUUUCUCAUUCUUCUGAACUCUAGAGAACAUAGGCCCACUCCAAUCAGUAUUUCCUCAUAGAACAGCCCUUUCAACUCAAGAAACAACCUUUGUGAAUCUUUGUUGCACCCACUGUAAGUCAUCUGUUGCCUUCCUUGGACAAGGAGACAAAACAGUAUACAGUGCUCCAACUGUGAUGUCUCCAAAGCCUUGUAUAUUACAGCAAGAUUUACUUGCUCUUGCAUAGCAGCGCCCUCGUAAUAAAGGCUAAUGUACAAUGUAAUUUAUAAUUGGUGCACGUUGCACUGAUGUAUUUUUGUGAUUUAUUUGUGAGGACCCCUUGCUUUUUCCAUUCUUCCUGUCAUAGUGGAUAAUUGCACACUUCCCUGCACUGUGUAUUUUCUGUCACCUAAUUGGAUUAGAACUGAUGUUCCAAUGAAAAAUACAAUGGCCUAAAUGCUGUGCCUCCUAUUUCCUGUGUCAGGGAGGAAAAGUUUCUUUUUAAUCGAGGUUGGAUUUGCUCCCAGAUUUCAAGAGGAGAAAGGUUUUGCCACCGAGUUGUUUGAGUAAUGCCUCUGAACCUCUUGUGUAGAGAAUGCAGCGUGUGAAUAAUUUGCCUGCAUUUCCUUGGUUUACUGUGACACUGGGAGGUGAUGUGGAUCUGAGCCUUGGCACGGAGAAAAGGAAAUUUUGAGGAAUAUACCCUGGAAUACUCCGUUAUACUUCCUGCCUGCCAAAUGAAACCCACAGGGGAUGAGAGUAAAUUGCCUGCCCUUACAUGGAAAGAGAGAUGAACCUAAAAUAAUUGGAAAAUCAUUAUGAAAAUUUAACAUUUCUCUGAAGACCAUUUCCACGUUGUCAGCUAAAUGAAUAAUUAUUGUUGCUAAAUGUGCACAUUUUCAUUGAAAAACAGAAGUGGUAUUUGGAAUGAAAACCAGUAAAAUCCAAAUACUUACAUGUAUCAUUAGCACGCCUGUGAUAUGUUUUAGAUAUUUCAUUAAGUCCAAUACUGGCCUAAUUUCUCUGUUAAUUAGAAUGAAAGCAUGAGUAGCCUGUAGCAUGUGUUCUCAUUGAUAGUCCGAAGAGCCUAAUCAAACAGGAGAUAGUAAACAGAAAGACUGUGAACUUAUUAUAAAUUAGCUAUUUUGUGUUAGGAAAGGCAAAUCUCAUACAGCAGAAUUAAAAAUAUAUUUUAUUCUUAAAUGAUCUCCCCAACUGUGCUGGAAUACUAUUCAUGGAUGAUCUGCCAUACCUUUACAGAUGAAACUAAAAUUUGAAUUUAGCCUUCUCUGUUAAGGGAGGAAGAGGAUUAAAUCAGCAUGGUCCAAUGCUGUCCUCAUCUAAUGUCCUUUUUUUAAAUAUUGAUCAAGAUCAGGUAAACCUCACUGAUUAUUUUUCUCCGAUUUUUCUUUCACCUCUCUCUAUUCUCCUUUUGAUUGCUGGGUGUGACGCUAAUUGUACCAUCUGUACAGUUGAGAUAUAGACUUAAAGUUGUGAUUUUACUGGUUUCUGAUCAUUGCAUCUCUGCUAUGCAGUGUAUUUAAGGACUGAAGUGUUGAACUCAAUUGAUCUCUUACUGGCAAGAAAAUGAAAUGCUCAGCAGUAUAUGUAUUUGAAAAACAGUAAAAUUAUUGAUUUUGUGCUAUCAGGACACCUUUGUGCUUGUUUAUCCUUGUGGAUAAAUUUAAAUGAGGACAAGUUUUAUUUGCAAUUGGAACUUCGAAUACACAUAUAUUAAUGGGAACUUUGGAAAAUAUACUUGCCCUGUGUUCCCGUGAUGAUGUUUAGCACAUUACUUUUGAAAUGUGGUCAUUGUAAAGUGUUUGGGAGAUCCUGGGGUUGUGACGGAUGUUAUGUAAAUGUAAACUUUUUUUAUACAUGCCAGUGAGUAAUCCAUGAUGCCAGAAAAGUGAAUUGAGAAUAACUGCUGUCUAAUUCUACUCAAGACCAGUCACUGUUAGAUUUUCCUGCAUAUUAAAUAUGUAAGCCUCCUAUUCAUCUCACAACUCUUAUAGCUAGCAAGGACUUACCAUGUACACAAGCUUAAUGAGCUUUGUUUGCAGUGUCAUGAUACCAAAGGUUCCAUAGUAUUUCUUUCUGUUGUUGGUCUGGUGUUUUGGAGUAGCUGCUGAUUUUGUCUAUUUCUGCUGAAUUCUUUACAUUUGAUAUUUUCCAUGACUAUUUAUCCAAGUUGGCUAGUGAAUUUCAGUUUAGAAAGCCAACACAAUACAGAUGGUUAACUUAGAACUUUAAUUUUUCAAUAUUAGCUAAGUUGGCUCCACAAACCAAGAUGAUCUGUGGUAUGGUAAAUACCAUAGCCUAUUUUAUAAUUGCACCAUAUUUCUGCCCAGCUCUGAAAACAAAUAACGUUCUCAACUACAUAGUAAUAGAAACUGUGGAAAAAGCUGCAUGAGAGCUACUGCCGUUACAAUUUCGUAUCGUUAAAUUCCAACUUCAAUGUGUUCCAACCAAACUACAGAUUAGCAGAACACCAGUUGCAAAAUGUUCAGAUGCUGGAUGGUCCAUGGUAAAUCUUUGGGAUACAUUGCAUAUAUAAUUAUUUAAACAUGGUUGUUUUGCAAAGUAAGCUAGUGCAUUUACACAAGGAUGCAGAUAUGCCCCCGAGUCCAGUAAACUUGAGAGUUGUUCGUUAUCAGAAAUCACUUGUUUCUUUAAUUUGUUUCAUUAAUUUAUUACAUCCAGAGGAAAAAGUAACAAACUUGUAUAUACUUAUCACUUCAAGUGAUUCAAAUGAAAUUGUUCUAAUUGAAGCCACAUCUGAUUUAAAAGUAAGUGCAAGUAUAAUCACUGAUCCAGAAACCACAUCAGCAGGCACAUAUGUGUAGCUUGUGAUAUGUGAGAUCUUUUCCACGAAUCAUCCUGUCCUCAUGGAGGCGGAACUUGUGUGAAAAAGCACUUGCACCACAGGCAUUUUUACAUGACUGCUUUUGUUUUAUGUGUACCAUUUUAAAGUAGUUCAUUUCGUAAGCGUUCCGAAAUUACAUUGCUUAAUGGAUCAUGGAGUGUUACAGCCAUUGCGUUGUGCCAUCACUUUAAUUACUAUUGCUUUACGGACCACACACAACGCAAUAACAGCACAAUGUGCUUUCUUGGAGAUAGCUAACCACAACCAUAAUUGCAUGUUAGCCUGGUGACUUUUCAGGUUGAUGCAAUUUUAUGUUGAAUAAUGGCUGUCAUAAUAUUUUGUACAAGAAUGACUAUGGAUAUUGAGAGGAGGUCCAGAAUGACUUUCCACGAGAUAAUAGGAACUGCAGAUGCUGGAGAAUCCAAGAUAAUAAGGUGUAGAGCUGGAUGAACACAG